CUCGACGUGAACCUGCCCUCACGCCCCGGCCCUGCCUGGCGCUUGCCAACGCGAUGACGCGACUGACCGCCGCACAGCAGCCGACACCAAGAUCGGCCUGUUGAGAUUUGUCGACUUCCAUCACUCAAGCUUGACGUCUUAUCGAUGCCCUGACCUGCGUUUCUGUCAUGCGGCCUUGUAUAUGGCUUCACUCGAACUGCCCUUCACCUGCCGUCGUCAGCCUCUAAGCUCAGAUGUACUCCACUCGGGCUGUCUUCUACUGCAGCUCAGAAGGGGCGCUAGAGCAGAUUACAGAUCUGCCGCCUUGGCUUCUUUAUGCGCGCUGUUCACCCGCUGGCCAACGGCGCCGCGGAGACUACCACUCGAUACAGCUGCUUUACGCUGCGUAAGGGGAUCCUUUCUGGCUGUACGGUCGGGCCCUUUCACCUUCACCUUCAAGCUCGAAGCAAAGCCACCGAAUUCGCUUGCGCUUCAGGCCACCAAUGCUUAUAAUGGACACCUCACUCGUUCUACCCUCGGAAGGCGAUGCCUCCAAGACUUUGGAAGGUGCGCGGGCCUUAGGGCGUGCGGCUUGACUAACGAGGGAGGUGCGGCGCCACAGGUUGUGUGAGCCAGCAGCAUCGGAGGAGGGUGUUCCUGCAUGUCAGGUCCUGACUGAGCCCUGCACUGGUGUCAUCUUUCUCGAAGAGCUCUGACCUUGGUCGAGGAGACACGAUCCUGAA